AGUACUAUUCGUCGACCGCUGCGCUGCGAAGUUUCCGUUUAGUUUUCCGUUCCAAGUUUUGUUUUGUGCCAUGGUUCUAAACAACAGGUAGCUUUACGCUCAACACCAAGUAAGUUCGCCUGUCACUGGAAACGCAUGACAUGACUUGUAGUGCACACCUGGAAUGAUGAGGAACUUCCUGUGGGUGGUGGUCAACUUGGGGCAGCGUCAUCGUCUGGCGGCCGUUCUCCUCUGCGUUCUACUGUCGACGUUUACCUGCGCUCGUUGUGCUACCAUAAGAAACAGGCUCUCGUACAAUGUUUCCGGGAGCCCUUAUGAAAUUACGGAAGAUAUAUUUGUGGACAGGUCAGGAGAAAUGGUUAUCGAGCCCGGUGUCGAGAUGCGGUUUGCUCCGGGCGUUGGAAUUCUCGUGAAGGGAAUAUUGAAAGCACAGGGAACGUCCGAGAAGCAGAUAACGCUCACGGCUCUGUCUCCACCUGAAGGAGACGAAAGGGACUCGCACCAGGGUCUUGCAGUGCACCGGGAAUCUUCCGUGGAGUGGCCUCCUCUGAGGUUGGUGGACGGACAGACAAUACUCACAGGAAGGCUUCAGCUUCUCUACCGAGACCGGUGGUGGUCCGUGUGCAGUAGUUCCAAGAACUGGACAGAAAACGACGCCAAAGUCACAUGUCGACAGUUAGGAUUCUCGGAUGGUGCACUCUCAGGCUGGAUUCCUCGCCACAACGAUUCCCGUCAGUUCAUGUACUCUGGCCCUGGGUGCAGCGGGUUAGAAAUAUCUUUGGAUCAGUGCUCUGGAUGGGGUGACAGGCAGCUGGGCAGUGGUGUCUGUGAUUACCACAUGGAUGUUGAAAUUACAUGCAUGCCAACACUCCAGGCCCAAGCACAUCACCAUUGGAAGGGUAUUGAGUUUGAUGGGGCCGUCACAGUGGAAAUAAAAGAACACCGUGGACUAUUGAAAAGGCUGGUGUCAUUCUCCGCAUUGGAACAUGUGGUAUUAUCGUAUGGUGGCCGCCAAAGGGAUGGCAGUGCUACAGCAGCGAUACAGGUUUCGGGGGUUCCACCUGUUAUGCAGUCUGUUGAAGUUCGCUGGUCUGCCUAUCAUGGCAUUAAUGUGACAAAACAUGACCAUCCAUUUGAGAUCAAGGACAGCUUGUUUGUUGAGAACAGAGGUUACGGGAUAUUCAUCAACUCCAGCACGGGCCAGGUGUCUCUAUCGAGUGUGAUAAGUCGAGACAACGGAGCGGACGGGGUGGUUUAUGCUUACCACGAGAGUGUGACUCAGAAUCGUCUUUCACUAUGUGAAUCAUCGGUCAGUGACAACGUAGCCUAUCCUUUGGGUUUCUUCUACGUCCUUGAUGAAAACAAUGCAAAGACACCAUGCAAAAGGACCAUAGCAUCAACAGACCCAUCUUUGACUGUGACCAUUCACUUCAAGAACAUGCUGAGAGAUGACGGCCCACGAUCUUUGACUGGUGGAACUGUGACAGUGUGGAGCGGCGAUAUUUCUGAUCCUACAAGGAAAUUGGCACACUUCGUGAUUAGCAAUACUACUCGGCCGCAGAGCGUGUCAUCUACUUCCCUCACUGUACUGUUCCAACCUCCUGACAUCCCCUACUACCUCAUUGGAAGCCCAGAUUACUACCCUGUCAGGCUUGAAUUUACAAUGCAGGCAGUUCUUGCUGCAACGAAAGCAUAUGACAUUAAUAUGACUGAAUGUCAUGUGGAUGGAAACAAUGGCCGCGGGAUCUGGGUGCAAGAUAUGAUCACAGGCGUCAACAUCUAUGAUUCCUCAAUUUUGAACAACACUCACGUAGCUGGUAUCCACGUGGAUGGCGGUGUGGGAGAUGUGACCAUCAAUGCCACAAACGUGAGAGAAAACUCUGGUGAUGGUAUCAAUGUGACGUAUGCUGGAGGCUACCGCCACAUUCACAAGACAAUUAUUGAAGGCAACACCCGUAGAGGAGUAGCUUUCUGGCUCAACGAAACAUCAGACCGGAUACCAUUCAAUUUCACAACGCACGUGUCUCAUUCAGUGAUUCAAAUGAAUGGGAACGUUGGUGUGCUCCUGGGAAAUGUCUGCAGAGCAGAUGCAUUCUGGAACAUCAGCAUGAAUUCGUUCAGGCAUAGUGGCGAUGUUGGCAUUGAAUACUUGUCUUGCUGGAAGAAGACCGAAGGUUCAGUUGACACUUUAUUAAUUCUGAAUAAUGUCUUCAACACUUCUGCCAAACUAUCUGUUCGCGUGAUGCCAUGUUUAAACGUGAAGGCUUUAAUAGCCAAUAAUGCAUUCUUGAGGCACCGUUCAGGCGUCCUUAGGUUCGAAAACAUACAUCGUGGUGAAUUUCUAGAUGACUACAAGGAAACGUUUGCAGACGUUGAUAUAAUGGAAAACCACUUUUCUGAGAACUCCGGGAUAUUCGUAGCCAAGUUAGGCUUAGUACAAGGCAGCACAGUCCAAAUUCUUCGUUUUCACCAUAACAGGCUUGUAAAGAACAUUAUACGGCAGCCAUUCAGCCGUCUGAAGCCACGCUCCAGAGUGGCAGCAGUUGUAGUGGUCACUUCAAACAACACUGUCGUACAGCGAAAUGAGUUUACGAAUCCAGAUUCGUCGUACGAGUUGGGAUCACAUCUGGAAGACAGUAGCAAGAUAAUUGAUGCAUCUCUUAAUUACUGGAACACCGACAAGAUAACUGAUACCACUGCAGAAACUGCUCUUCACAUCUACAGCCGCAUAUUUGAUAGGAAGGACCGCUAUAACCUUGCUCCAGUUGAGUUUCUUCAGUACCUGGUUAUUCGUAGCGAUUUGUAUACAACUGAUCAAAUCUCAAGUAACCUUGAGAGAGACAAGACUAUGAGGUUCAGAAAGCCAGGUAGCUAUGAGAUAGGAGGUGAAGUUAUGGGUGAUGUGACGCUCGAAGCUGGCGAAUACCUUGUGAAGACGGACAUCUUUGUGCGGCCAGCAUCACAGUUGGUGGUUAAGCCUGGAAGUAAGCUCAAAUUUGAACAGUCUAUUGGAAUGAUGGUGCAGGGCCGCCUUGACAGUGAUGGCACUAGUGCAGAGAUCACAUACACUUUGGCAGAAUCAUUUGAGGAAUCGCCAGUACUGGAACCUGGUUCUUUGAGAUUAUCGGGGGGUCAUGAAGGAGUUGUUCAGGUGACAGUGAAUGGUACCACAGGUGGUGUAUGUGCUUAUGGCUUCACAGAAGAAGAUGCUGCAUUAGUUUGCCAGGAGCUUGGAAUGGUCCUCAGUCCCAGGGAUUGGCUCCUGGAAGCAUCCUCCCGUGAAGCCAGCAGUGGAGCCACCAGCCGCGUUGUUCUAAGCAAUGUGCAGUGCGACGACAUGGACACAGACUUUUUGAAGUGCAAGCAUGAGGUACUAGGGGAGGGUUUUGAAAAUUCGUGUAACGUAGAGGUUGGAAUUCGCUGUACAAGGGCAUCAUGGUCUGGAAUCCGCGUGGGUAUCCUAGCUGACAGCAGCGUUAUUCGUAAAACUGUGAUAGAGAAAGCAGGGCUUCUCGACUUUGCAACACAUACAUUCAAAGCGGCGCUUCAGUUGGACUUCAACAACCACAUCCUCGAAGACCUCACUGUCAGAGACAAUGUGGAAUCAGGAAUUGGACUGAUGUGGAACGAUAUCUUCAAGGAUGUACGAAAUCAAGCACUCAAAUCUUCACGCAUUACAGGUAACAGAAACCACGGAAUCAUAACCCGGUCUCAAGGGGUAGACAUCGAAGGCAACACCAUAUUUAGUAAUGAUGCAAGUGGAAUUUAUUAUGAUCCACUUUUUACGAAAAAGGAACACAGAGAAAUGAUUCAGUCGAUUGAAGGUGUGGCUACUGCCAUUUCUGGCACAAAAAUAAUUAGAAUUAGCGCAGACGAACGCCGUUACAUUCGUGUUGCUAGUGACCGCCUGAAUGAGGUGCACGAAUUUCAAGUGAUUUGUGAAGAAAGAAGGACUAUUGGAGUUAUGGUAGUGGACCCUUUCAAAGAAGGUUCAACAGAGACUUUGAUUAUUCGCCGUGGCAAUGAACUGGAUGACACUUCAGCACCACUUUGGGAUGUUGGCCAGAAUUUGACGUCUUUUCCUCUCCGAGAGACCGGAUUCAUCAUCUCUCUGAGGUACAAAAGUGGCCAUUCACCUAAAGGAGGAGUGCUGUUAAUGGUGACGGCAGUGCAACCACUCGGUGUUCAUCGGGAAAUAUGCUUUGGAGCCUGCACGACACCAGCUCAAGUGCAGUGGCUGCAGUACAAGCCAAGCAUACGGAUCGAGCGCAACAUCAUUACCAAUUGUGAGAUGGGUAUUGGCAGCAGCCAUUAUAACAGAGAUGUCAGCGAGCACAACAGAGCCUUCUACUACCAUCGCUACAGCAAUGAGACUGUUUUGAUCGUCAACAAUACUAUCACUGAGAAUCGCCAGGAGGCAGUUUUUGUAGCAUCACCACUUUGGGACCCACUGACUUCGUCAGUUGCGGAGAUAACCUAUAAUCUCACAGGAAAUGCAAUUGAGAAUAAUGGAGGUGGAAUCAAGCACUUCAGCCGUGAUCUACGGAUUUCUAACAACCUAUUUCACUGGGUUAUCAAUGCCUCACAGUUUGUCAGGAACAAGGGUGGUGUGGAUUUGCGGCUGCCUUACGUUUGGCAGUAUGAUGAAAACUACACCCACAGCAUAGUUCUCUGCAACAACAGUUUCCAUGGGAACACAUUCUUCGUACUCCAUAUGGACGGCCACUUUGCCAGAUUCAAUGCCACAGGCAAUGAGGUCCGUAAUAACGUGUCCCCACCGGGAAAAGGGCUGUUUACAGUCGGUGGCAUGGAAAAAGAGAUGCUCAUUGUCAACAAUGAGUUUACCGACAACCAUGCAAAGUACAUUGUGGAGUUUGACCUGGAGAGUCACUCGGAACGGUUUAGUGUUGUGGACGCCAAUUUCUAUCGCAACAUUUUACGAAACAACUUUGCUGUGGAAAAGCGUGGCAGGUCACGGUCACCAGAAGUUGCUCAAUAUGAACCAAGCAGCUACGCGCUCAGUGUUAGAGGCGUUCAAAGCAUCAACAUUACUCAGAACUACCUGACAAACCCAGACAUGCAGUUUGAAUUUCUUGCUGGGGUGCGCACCAGUUCGCUUCACAAUUCCAUUAAUGUGGGGUACAACUGGUGGGGGACGAAACAUAUCCAAGCUAUUCGUUCCCGCAUUUUUGACUUUGAUGACUGGAAUGGCUAUGCAACAGCAGAAUUUUCGCCCUACCUUGCGCGAGAAGAGUACGAUGGGGCGACACUGAGUGAUGACGGAAGUGACGGCACUAGGCAUGAUAUAGACCUGUCCCAACCUCUUGGAGGGUGCAUCUCUACGUCGAUAACCCUAACCCCUAGAAGCACACCUUAUAUUGUGAAAAGCGAUUUGACUGUUUUGCCAAAUGCACUGGUAACAAUUCUGGCAGGAGUUGAGAUGCAGUUCUACCCUAGCGUUGGCAUCCUUGUUCUUGGUGACCUUGUGGCGAUGGGCCGUCAUUCAGAUCCAAUCAAGAUGGGUCCCUUGAAAGGAACGACGUCAGGAAGAACCACAAGAAGUGUUCCAUCUGUUAGAAAAGUCAGACUGUGUACCAGUUCGCUGUGCAGGGAUGGGCCUCGCAGAGACGGUUUCCUUGAGCUCUAUAACUCUUCAACACUACAGUGGGUGCCCAUUUGUGACCAGCGAUUUACAGAAAGGAAUGCUGAAGUAGUCUGCCGUGAGCUCGGUUAUGGUACUCUUGACGUUCACCUCGAUCGAGGCCCUAGACACGAUUACGGGGCAACAGAGCUGGCUCGGAUUCAGUCAUGGCCUCAACCCCUCGAAUGUGUGGGACAAGAAAAUGAAAUAAGUAGCUGUGAACCGCGGCUUAAUGGAUAUGGAGAACACAACUAUGUCUGUUCGCACAUGAGAGAGCAAUUUGUUUAUAUUCAUUGUGGGAGCAAAGAGAGGGACGAUGGCAACGAUUUCUGGGGUGGGAUUCGUUUCUCAGUGCCUAGUUACCAAGCACGGCAUAGGAAUGAUGCAUCACACAACAGUCGUCGAUAUGUUCCGCCGAUGUCGUCGAUCCGCCAUGUAGAGAUACGUGGUGCAGGAGUUCUGCACAAUGAGAAAAGUGCUGCCAUCCAGGUAGUCCUUCGUCACGUCACACUGGAGCACAUCAACAUCUCAGAUUGUGCAUCACAUGGCAUCCAAGUCCUCGCUUCUCCAGGAUACCAGUACAUCCAUGCCGCCAAUGUGACUAGGAACUUGGGCACAGGCAUUAGCUUUUUGACCUUAAAUGGACAAACAUCAGCAGAAGACAGACUCAACUACGUCCCUUUAGGGGCCGUUGAUCUGCCAUACGACAUAUUUGGGUUUGUAGAUAUCUGUGACAACAACAAGGAGUUUCUCGUUGAUGGACGUAUACUUCUCUACUACAAAUAUGACAACAGGCCAGUGGACUGUGUCAAAAUCUUCACCAGCAACUCCUACGUCGAGAAAGUUGGUUUUCGAAUUCUCCAAUUCAACUUGUUCAAUGCCACUGAAUUCACACCUCAACCUGACACUAUAAGCAUUUAUGAUGGUGACAUCUUCAACUAUACAGUCUCCAAAAUAGGGGAUAUAAGAGUGGGGCAUGAAGAGGAUAUUUCCCAAAAGAGGUUCUACAGGUCACAAGGGAUAACACUGAGUGUCAAGUUACAUGCAAGCGGUGCAAGCAGCUCGAAUGGCUUCAUAGCAGAAGUUGUCACCCUCCCAUUGAGAACAGUAACAGCGAGGGACAGCAAACAUAAUGUCACGGCUUCGUACUUCGCUGAAAAUCGUCAAGGAGCCUUGGUGUAUUCCAGUGCAGGUGAAAUCACUCCCAUCCUGACAUUACACAGCAACCGGUUCGAGAGCAAUGGCAGUCCCCUGUUUGGCAACUUUACAUCAUCUGAGGGUGCCGCUGUUUUUGACAUCCAGAAUUCCAUGGAAAUGCAUGUCCUUCGGAAUCUGUUUCUGCGGAACCAGGGCGGACUUCGUCUCCGGGUGAAUUCUGCAAACUCAGUGUCUGCACUCCAGGGGGAAAUAAAGAACAAUGUGUUUACGCAAAACAAAAACCGAGAAUCGCUCUGCAUCGUUGGUGGAAGCUCUGGAAGCCUUCAGCGUGUGCACGCUUUCAAAAAUUACUUUGUGAGAGAGGAUGGAGGAUUCAGAGAUAACAUUCUUCUGGAUAGAGUAGCAUUCAACUUCAGCGAAAAUCUCGUAGCCGAAUGUAAAGGACGCCACCAAAUCACAGUGACCGGAUUUGAUGGAGUUCAGUCAUCAACGCAACUUAUCUUCCGAAACUGGUUCUGGGACAAUGAUGCUGCAGUAGAGGAACGCAAAGCAACUGUGCUAGCAAGAAGUCCAGGGCAGAGAUUCCACUGGAACUACCUUUACAACAGGAUCAACUACUUUGAGAUGAUAACAGCAAAUGAUAGCCAGCGGCUCGAAAACUUAAAACUUCAAGUAAAGGCAGAGAACAACUGGUGGGGCUCCAAUGAGCUACCUGCGGUUAGUGGAAGGAUUUACGAUGGCUACGAUCAGUAUGAGCUGCUUCAUGUUAACUUUGAUCCGUUUCUUCUGAGCAACGACACAGUGCUAAGUGGUAACUGUGUGGGAGGUUGGGAGAUGAUCCAAGACACGUGCUUCAGGUACAUCCCUGGAGCUAUGACUUACGCAGAGGCAAAGCACUUCUGUCAGUUGGAUAACUCCUCCAUACCAUAUGUCAAGCAGAAGCAUGCCAUGUUGAUAGAAUAUGUGACUAAAGAGCAGGAAGACUUCGAUUGGGAAUUUGAGCGACUGUGGGUUCAGUCCAUCGACAUUCCAUUGGAUGAAUGUGCUGUUCUGUAUCGGGGCAGUGUGUACCGUCAUGACUGCAAUGAUCACUUAACGUUUCUUUGCGAGAGAGCACAACAAAUCAUCAUCAGGACAGACUACUGGUACCAAGAGCCUGUGUCCAUUGCCGCCUUCUCUCUCAUUGCCGCUGUUCUCCUCUGCAUAUGCGUAUGCCUCGCCUUCUGGUGCUGCAAGUCACGCGAACGUCACAAGGAACAUCUCCAGCGACAAAACUCCAUACGUGCAUCUAUGCGCUCUGCUUCGAGCAGAUCCUUGGACCAUCAGUCACUUUUCACAGAACUCGGCUACAAGCGGCGCAUCGAACGUGCAAUAAAAGAAGCCUCUUCUCGAGCUCCACAGCUCACGUCCACUAGCAAACAUAACGGAAGUGCUGAUUCAGUUUCCAAGCAGUAUAGUUAUGACCCUGACGAUUCUCAGAGCUACGAAAUUCAUGAAGUGCGCAAUCCUGCUAUAGAUUACAGCAGCGAGCUUGAGGACAAAUAUGCAGCAGUGACGGCAAGGAGUGAUGCUGAUGUUCCCGUAAAAUCUCGUCCGUUAGACUUGACAUAUGAAAACGAAGGCUACAUAGAUCGCUCGAUGUCAGCAGCUGGGUACGACGACUCUCCAGAGACUUCGCGAGACUGGAGUUCGGGAACAGACUCUACACUUGACAUGAAACGCACGCUUGAAAUGGCACAACCGGAACCAAUGGAUCCGACAGAUAACACGUUCCGUUCGUCACAAACCCUGCCAUCGUCAAGGAAUUUGUAUGUUAACACUGACAAUUUCUUCAAGAAACCUUUGGAAACGGCUAUGUGAAAACUCUGGAGAGCCUCGUGCAUUGACCCCGGUGAAAUAAGCCAAUCAUAGUUUGACUCCAACCAAGUGCAACGUAGCAGCCCUGCCCAAAUUUCUCUGUAUUCUGUGCAAUUUUAGUUCAGUCAUUUCAGGAUCUCAUAGAGCUAUGCUGCGAUAGGAGAACAAACUGUGAUCAAAGCAAGUACCAUUCCAGUGUUCGAUGUACACAAUGAGACUGCUUCACUGCCAGAGACCCAAAAUGAACUUGUCUGCUGGUGUUCACAGUGGUGCUAGGUGUAUUACAUAUUUUAUUUUGUAGGUUAGGAAUUGUAACACAAGACAAGUGGGUCGUAAGAAUGAGGUCGUUUUGCACAGGGGUGCGAUUGUGGCCAAAGACAGAAAACGAUUCCCAGUAUUCCGAGCCAAUGCUCGAGGCAUGCUGUGCAGUUUGUGUCGAUACAUUCCUCAGUGCUCACAUGUAUUUUCACCGUGAGAGUGCGAAUCCAACAAAUUGUUAUCCAUCAUCUAGCUGUCCAUAUGUUAUUUAGACCACAUGGUCAUCUCCAGUAGUCCAGCUCACAGGUGCUGAUCAUGUAGCAUUAUCAUGUGGCAGUUGAUCAGAUCAGUGUUACUAUGGCUGAUAUGCAUGUUUCUGUUCAACUCUCCUGCCUUGAAUGUCUAGAUUAGAGAUGUCUAUAUAUCAAGUUUUCAUUGUAGUUCUCUGUUCUUGCUCUUCUAUUAUACAGAUUACAUCCAGAGUUAGGGUUUCUCGUUUUCGGCAUUUGCUGAAAAAUGAUGAAAAACAUCCUUCUAAAGCAUUCUUUUUUUUUGUUGUUGUUGAAAAAUCGACAUAUUCCGAAAAUUCUGAAAAUGGCCUUAAGUUGUGGGCUCUCUGGGAGUCCAUCUGCAUUGCUGGUAAGUGGCAGGAAUCUUUUUCUCCACUGAGAGGGCAAAAAUGGAAAGUUCCAGCGUCACUUCCCUUACUGAAAACAUGCCUACCGCGGUCAUCUUUGGAUGAAGGAUUCCGUUUAACUGUUUGUGUUUUCAGUAGAGGGUGACCUCAGGCUGUUAAGAAUGCUGACUGGUUAGCCCUUUGCAAGGGUUGGACAUGGAGUGCGAUCAGUGACCUUUUUGUCAUUGGCAACAUGUCGCUGAGCUUGAGCUUUGGGGAAAGACAAACACACAAAACAGAAAAAGAAUAGCACAAGACAAAGCUGUUCAUUUUAUGUUUUGUCUGUUUGGCUUUCCCCCACGCUCAGGCACGUUCCAGGAAGGAGCAUGUCGCCAUGUCAGACAAAAGCACGAUGAUGUAACAGGUUAUGUUAUACAGAUUGUACAGGUUAUGUAACAGGUGAUGUUACAACAAGUUCUAGGUGUUUAUGGUAUCUUUAUUAUGGCAAUCUUUAGAGUCUCAACAUUUUUUUUUUUUUUUUUGCAUCCUGGUGCUUUAAGUCUUUCUCGGUAACAUAGUAUAAAUACCCGGAUUCGGGCAUUUAUUUUUUACUUCACAAUAUUACUGCUGAGUAAAUCCACUUUUUCAAAACCCCUCGGGAUUUUCAGAAAAAUAUGUGACAAAAGCGAGAAACCCUAAUUAUAGUGCAUAUGAGAGCAGCCAGGAGAAGCACAGUGAUUGCCUAGUCAGCUUUUCAUACCUGAGUAUCAGAAUGUGUACAUAUUUCAUGCUGUAUAUUAUGAUGUUCUUUAGUUCUAUAUUUGUGUGCAGAACUGUGGCAUUUUUGCCAAACAACACGGUGCUGCACAAAGUUCUUAUAUGAAUGCCCAGUGCCAACGACUUUAUGCUCCAUGAAUAUUCCAUAUUUGCAGCAAAUGCAGCUCUUGAACAUAUGCGUCUUGUACAUUUCUUGCAAUGUUGAACAAUUUUAUGCUGAACGGCUUGCUACUAAAUACGUUCAAAUAAUAGAUACAAGGCAGCAUAGCUUUUUUGCAGUAAAAGUACUCAUCUGGUAAUGUGGUCAAUUUCUUGAAAAUAUUUUUAUCUUGUCAACCGGUCAAUCAUUUUUGUCACAUUUGAAUAAAACGUCACUUUUGAAGUUUG